GACUCGCCCCCAUGUGAGCCUCGCCAUCUUCCUCUGCUACUUCAAAGGAUUUCCUCUCUCUUCUCUCUCAAUUUCAUUCUCUCGAUUUCUUCGUUUUCACAGCAAAACGAGAUUCGAAGGAGAGCUUUGUAUCAAACUUUGGUUCUUUAUUGAUUUGGAUAGGUUUAUUUGAAUUGAACGCCGAAAAGAGGUUCUGGAAAUGGCCAAGAAUGUGGGAAUUCUCGCCGUUGAUAUCUACUUCCCACCUACCUGUGUUCAGCAGGAAGCUUUGGAGGCUCAUGAUGGAGCAAGCAAGGGGAAAUACACGAUUGGGCUCGGACAGGAUUGCAUGGCGUUCUGUUCUGAGGUUGAAGAUGUAAUCUCAAUGAGCUUAACAGUUGUCACCUCCCUUCUUGAGAAGUAUAGAAUUGACCCAAAGCAAGUUGGCCGGCUGGAAGUUGGCAGUGAGACUGUUAUAGAUAAAAGCAAAUCAAUUAAGACUUUCCUGAUGCAAAUUUUUGAGAAACAUGGAAAUACCGAUAUUGAAGGUGUUGAUUCAACUAAUGCAUGCUAUGGGGGUACAGCUGCCCUUUUCAACUGUGUCAAUUGGGUGGAGAGCAGCUCCUGGGAUGGGCGUUAUGGUCUUGUGGUGUGCACAGACAGUGCGGUCUAUGCUGAAGGACCAGCUCGUCCUACAGGUGGAGCUGCUGCCAUUGCCAUGCUGAUAGGACCUGAUGCUCCUAUUGCUUUUGAAAGCAAGUUGAGGGGAAGUCAUAUGUCUCAUGUUUAUGAUUUUUACAAGCCUAACCUAGCCAGCGAAUACCCGGUUGUAGAUGGUAAGCUCUCCCAAACCUGUUACCUCAUGGCCCUGGAUUCUUGCUACAAACAAUUAUGUCACAAGUAUGAGAAACUGGAGGGCAAACAGUUUACCAUUUCUGAUUCUGACUAUUUUGUAUUUCAUUCUCCCUAUAACAAGCUUGUGCAGAAGAGCUUUGCUCGAUUGCUCUUUAACGACUUUAAGAGAAAUGCGAGCUCAAUAGACGAAGUCGUUAAAGAAAAGUUGGCUCCGUUUUCAACCUUGUCUAACGAUGAAAGUUACCAGAGUCGGGAUCUUGAAAAGAUAACUCAACAACUUGCAAAGCCACUUUAUGAUUCCAAGGUGCAACCCUCCACUUUAAUACCAAAGCAAGUUGGAAAUAUGUAUACUGCUUCUCUCUAUGCAGCAUUUAUUUCGCUUCUUCACAAUAAGCAUAGCCUACUGGCAGGAAAUAGGGUCAUAUUGUUCUCUUAUGGCAGUGGGUCAACCGCAACGAUGUUCUCAUUGCAAAUCAAUGAAGGUCAACAUCCUUUUAGUCUCUCCAACGUUGCAGCUGUCUUGAAUGUAGAUAAAAAGUUGAAAUCGAGGCAUGAGUUAGUACCGGAGAAAUUUGUCGAAAUAAUGAAGCUGAUGGAGCAUCGGUACGGGGCCAAGGACUUUACGACAAACAAGGACUGCAGCCUCCUACCACCAGGCACCUACUAUCUCACCAAAGUCGAUUCAUUGUACAGGAGAUUCUACGCUAAGAAGGAUGGCGAAUGCGAGAAGCUUGACAAUGGUGUGGUUGCCAAUGGCCACUGAAAUAAAAAUGAGAAUAAACAACAAGAGGAGUGUAGCCAAAGCUGUUCAUCUAAAUAUUCAGUGUCAACGACCAUUUUUCUUCUCAUAAGCUAUUUACAGGCUAAGAUAGAAGGCAGUAUGUUCCUAGCACAGGUAGUUUUCUGUUCUUUCCUUCUCUUUUUUAUAGAAAAAAUUGUCUCAAUAAUGGGUUGGCUUUAUUUAUUCAGAACAUAUUAUGUUAUUAACCUUCAACUAUACUAUUUUGAACCCCAACCAUGAACUCGUGUAGAUUCUCAAAUACUGUUACUCAUAGGCAUAUAAACAGAUAUAUUCUCAUGAGAUAUGUCCUAUCUUCCAAA